GAAGAUGCGUCGAUCGGCGAGCGCCUCCAUAGUUUCCGACCAACUCUCAGCGAGUUCUCCGUCACCGCCACCUUCUCCACCGCCACGAAUUCAAACCGCUGAAGAUUCAGAUGACGAUCAGCUUCUUCUGCCUAGGUACGAUCCAAGCUCUCAUCCAGGGAAGAAGAAGAAGAACAAAUCGCGACUCAGAUCCGCCGAGAAUGCUAUCCACUUCAUUCCAAUCGUACUCAUCCUCUGCGCCGUCAUACUCUGGCUGUUUUCUAAUCCAAUUUCGAUUAAUGAAACCUAACCCUAUAGUAUAGUCUCUGUUGUAAUUUACGUUUCCUUUUUUUUGGUUUGAUUUUGUUCGCAGUAGCAAUGAUCAAACAGUGAAGAUUACAGAGUUUGAUUACUCUGUUCAAGCUUUACUCUGUUCUUGUUUAGACAAUUACACAACAUUGUAUUAUUCUUUUACAUUAAAUCACAUAGUUUUAUAUAUUUA